AUGCUUUACGAAUACAUGGAUAAUAUUGUUAACGAAAAAGACUGCAAAUUAUUAUAUACGGAUACCGAUAGCUGUUUCUAUUUGCAUAAAAUUGAUAAGAAACCACCGUUUCGUGUUGGCGAUAUGCUUGGAAUGAUGAGUCGUGAAUACGAAGAUUGGUUAAUUAUGUCCUUCUAUACCGGUGGAUUAUGCAAUGAAAAUGAAACAUAGAGAAAGUGGGGAGAUAAAAUACAUUGUCAAGUGCCGUGGAUGCUGGGAUCAAGUUGACACUCCAUUGGAUUACAAUCAUUUUAGGGUAUUAUAUUAUUAAUCUUUGAUUCUGUAGCUAUUUUAAGAGAAUGGUAGAAGCGUAUGGAGAAAAGCAAGAUCCUGUUGUACUGGAGAGGACUCAUUUUCAACCUAGCUG